GCAGCAGUCCCCGGUCAGAACACAGAUGCCUGGUAUUUGGAUGUUUUUGUACAUCCUGGACCCCAUAUCCUGUGUACAAACUGCUCCGGGAACAUGUGCACAGCUGCCUGCCACAUGGCUGCUGUUGGGGGAGGGGUAGCUGCUACUGCACCACCAGCUAUAAGUUGACAAAAAUUAGUUGCAAUUUACCAUCCAAGCCUUCCCCUGCAAGUUGCAGGACUUCGUUAGACUCCAGAGAUUCAAAAUAGUUACAUGAGACGGAUUCUGCCAGUGCAGUUGUUGCCCAGGUAAUAUUUCAUUUGUUGCAUUUCCAGUUUCCAGCACCAACUCACCAACAAAGAUUUUACCAAAAACCUUAGGACCAAUAAAUGUGAAUGUUGGACCCCAAAUGAUUAUAAGCACACCACAGAGACUAACCAGUUCAGGAAGUGUUCUGAUUGGGAGUCCAUAUACCCCUGCGCCAGCAAUGGUUACUCAGACACACAUAGCAGAAGCUACUGGCUGGGUCCCUGGUGAUAGAAAACGGGCUAGAGAAUUUAUAGACUCUGACUUUUCAGAAAGCAAACGAAGCAAAAAAGGAGAUAAAAAUGGAAAAGGCUUGAGACAUUUUUCGAUGAAAGUGUGUGAGAAAGUUCAGCGGAAAGGUACCACAUCAUAUAAUGAAGUAGCCGAUGAGCUGGUGUCCGAGUUCACCAAUUCAAAUAACCAUCUGGCAGCUGAUUCGCAGGCUUAUGACCAAAAGAACAUUAGGCGAAGAGUUUACGAUGCUUUAAAUGUGCUAAUGGCAAUGAACAUAAUUUCAAAGGAAAAAAAAGAAAUCAAGUGGAUUGGCCUGCCUACCAAUUCUGCUCAGGAAUGUCAGAACCUGGAGAUAGAGAAGCAGAGGCGGAUAGAACGGAUAAAGCAGAAGCGGGCCCAGCUUCAAGAACUUCUCCUGCAGCAAAUUGCUUUCAAAAACCUGGUACAGAGAAAUCGGCAAAAUGAACAGCAGAACCAGGGCCCUCCAGCUCUGAACUCCACCAUCCAGCUGCCGUUUAUAAUCAUCAACACAAGCAGAAAAACAGUCAUAGAUUGCAGCAUCUCCAGUGACAAGUUUGAAUAUCUUUUUAAUUUUGACAACACCUUUGAGAUUCAUGAUGACAUAGAAGUGCUGAAGCGGAUGGGGAUGUCCUUUGGCCUGGAGUCCGGCAAAUGCUCUCUGGAGGAUCUGAAACUUGCUAAAUCACUGGUGCCAAAGGCUCUAGAAGGUUAUAUCACAGAUAUCUCCACAGGACCUUCUUGGUUAAAUCAGGGACUGCUUUUGAAUUCUACCCAGUCAGUUUCAAAUUUAGACCUGACCACUGGUGCCACCCUGUCCCAAUCAAGUGUAAACCAAGGGUUAUGCUUGGAUGCUGAAGUGGCCUUAGCAACGGGGCAGUUCCUUGCCCCAAACAGUCACCAGUCCAGCAGUGCGGCCUCUCACUGCUCUGAGUCCCGAGGCGAGACCCCCUGUUCCUUCAACGACGAAGAUGAGGAAGAUGACGAGGAGGAUUCCUCCUCCCCAGAAUAAAGACAGGCGCAAACCCGCGUUUUACUAUUUGAUGCUCAUGUGUGUUUUUAGUGUGAGCUCUUGUUUUUGAAAUGAUCGCUUCAGUCUUUGCCUUUGUUUGCACUGUGUGUUCAGUGAAAACUAGGGAAACACAAUAAGCAAAUUACACGAAGGCUGAGAUGAGUGAGAUGAAAGCUAACGUAGUGUGAAUGAAAACUCUGAACAGCAGAGCAGUAGAUCACAUGGCAAACAAAGCGUGUGCUCUGAGGUGAUGGAGGGGAGAGGCCCAGAGCCACUGCAGCAUGAAUGCGGCGCAUUUAUCUUCCGAGAGGCGGGGACUUUGUUUCCCCCCUCGCCCACCCACACAGCCUCCUUAGAGAACCACCCCAUCCCACUUCACAGGCCGGAGGAGCUGUGCCGUGAGGGGUGGGGCCCGCGACCCUCGGGGCACAGAUUGAACUGCUGAACUAGUUGACAGUCUAGCCAAGGUGCUUUACGCAUCUGCUGCCUUAGACGGCUUCUAGGAAGGAGCGAGCGCUAAUUCCAAGUACUUAAGUGACAUUUAGAAUAAUUGAUAGUCAAACUGAACUUAUCACUGUUAGCCAAUGCAUUGGUGCAUAGAAUUUUCUAGGGCUACUUCUGGAAGCCAAAAUAGAAUAGCGUUUCCAUGUGCAUUAAAUACUUUGCCAGCACUGCCUUUCGCCAGCAUUCUAAAUCUGGAAUUUUACACAGAAGGAAAUCUGUCAUUUUAAUCAAAGCUAUGCAUUUCAUACAGCGUUUUCAUUUAAAACAGAGAAACAAAUCCCCAUGACCAAACUGCUUGCUUACAGUUCCCUGUAGUAUAAUUGUAUGAUUUCACCCAGUGUGCAAUUUGUGAAAAUGAACUGUCAUUACUUUUGUCUUAAAAGUAUUUCAAGAAUAUGAACAGCUAUGUUUUCCUGUACACGUCACCUUUUGUACAUUCUCCUUAAUCAAAAUGACCAUAUUGAGUUUAUUACUGGGUAAAUUGCAUUUCAAACUAACCUGAUAUUCAGGGUUCCACAGAAACACAGAAAUAUAGAGCACGUGCAGUAAGUAGAGCAGGAUGCAGACAGCGGUGUCAGAGCCCAGGAUGCCGCUAGGGGUCGCCGUGCUGCUGGGCUCAGUUACACACACACACACCGCCCCCCCCCACCCCGUAGGAGCACAGAAGCAUCUGCUGCCAGGGCCAGUCCCCGACUUCAGUUCACGUUAAGGACUUGGAAGGGAGCAAAUGAUAAUGGGAAAUUAAGUCUUGGACUUGAAUCAUAUUGAUUUGCCCUUAGUUAUGCAUCCAGCAUCUGUGGGUGGAGCACUGAGCUCAGCCCAAACCCCUUCUUUUCUAAAUCCCACAGGGAAGCGCAGAUGCCUCCUGAGGCCUCUUUAAAGCUCUGUUGCCCUGCUGACAGUAAGCUGAGGAGAAGGACCUGACCGACCUAAAGAGCUAAUAAAUACACAAGAACAUAUAAUAUUAAGUUCCUCUGAGACAAAGCCCAUUCUGUCAGAAAUAAGCCUAGUGCAGACUGAGCAUUCAGCAGGGAGGGAGUUGUGGCAGCCUGGGUUCCAGGCACAGCUCUGAGGCUGGGGGUGGGGGCAGGAGCCCACCGGCCUCCAAGAGACGAUCUGACUGGACGCUCAUGAGGUGCACAGUCAACUAAAACUGGGUCUCCUUCAGGCUGUCUCUCCUUUUACCAACCCCAACCUUUCUCAUCUCUGUACUUAAAAGGGGCCCAGCAGGGAUGCAGAGAGGCCAAGGGCCACAGCUAGCUUUUCAGACUUCAAAAUACCCCUUCUUGGGGUAUACUCCCUUCUCUGUUCUCUGCUGCUGCUGAUAAAACAGGUUUCAAAGAAAAAGCAACCAAAGACUCAGCAUAAGUGGCCUCUGAUCCUCAGUGAGGUGUUCGGGUUACUGCUGAGGGCGUGCACCAGAGUCACACUGUGGUCACCAGGACUCGUCACUGGUACAAAGCUUUACCUGAGCAGAAAACGAGAUUGAGAUGUUUAGAAGGAGAAAUCCUGUUACUCUCUUUCUCCCCUAAACAGAUGUAGCUGGGUCUGAAGUUCAUCACUCAGGUACCAUUUCAUAUAGAAAUCAAAAGGAAUGUUAGGAAAUUGUAGUUACAACAUCCACGCUGCUUUACGGGAGCAGCACUUGGGGUUAUUUGCACCCGCACAUGUCCUCACACACCCUCCCAGGUCAUGUUCUGCUUUGAGGGGAGUUCAGGAGGCCUUUUUCCCUGAGGACCACUUUAGUGGUGACCCUUCCAGUGCACUGGACCACCAGCCAGUGAAUUCGAGCUACCCUCCACACUCAGGCAGACGGCAGCAAGCCUGCCCCAUUUGGCCCCAGGGUGGGAAGGGUCCACAUCACUGUUCACAGCGCCCAGGCGCCUACCAGGCCUCCCUUCCCCUUCUGUCUCAUGCAUGUCAUCUUUUCUUUUGACGACAAGGUGGUGAAAACAGCCUCAGUAAGUGUUGGUCUAAACUGUGCCUUAUGAUCACGGGGGACCUUGGGGAGGGGGGGCCAGGAAAGAGAGGACUAAGACGAUGACUCCUCACCUCUCAGCGACACCUGCCACCCCUGCCAGACUUUACAAAUAAUGACCCCGUGUUUUGUCCCCUUCAAGUUAAUGUUUUGUAGAAGUGGCGGGGAGAAAACUGUCGGCAAUUUCUGGCAUUUUACGCCGGGAUAGAGAGUGACUCCUCAUUAGCAAGAUCUAUAGCUGUAACCAUUACUCUGUGUACGUGGGAAGUGAUGCCAAUGUUAGCCUCAGACACACACUGGCCUCUACAGAUGAUUCAGAUGGAGCUUUUCCACAAAGGAGCAGCUCACUGGAGCCAUGCAGAUAUCACAAACUUGACUGAUCGCUAAAACACAACCCUCUCUGGGCUACUCAGGUUGUUGAGACAGCCACGUUUGGAUAUAACGUAGGCCCUGGGACUGGGUGGGUGUCCGUGGCGGCAGGGAAGUGCCUCAGAACCACAUGCAGAGGGAGAAACCUGGUUAGCUUCACGGGUGACUCACUUCUAGUGCCCUUUAAUACUAGCAAGCCCCUCCCGGCGGGCACAUGGGUGAGACAGACCUGAAGGCCACAGUGGUCCCUGCAGCUGGGGCUGGACAGUGGCGGUGAGGAUUUAACCCAGUAAGUGUUUGAGGGAAUAGAGAGCAGAAGACAUUCAGAUUGAUUAGUGCUAGGGAAAAAAAGGACAGGGCCAUGGGACAGAGGGGGAAAGGUGCCUUUGGCUGGUGGUGUUGGGGGAAGGCCACCUGAGAAAGUGACUAUUGUUCUGAAUCAGACAAUUAAUUGAAAGCCAUCUCUACCCCAUACUGUGCACUUGGAAUCUCUGCUAAACUCCUAAGGCCCCACUGUUCCAGCUUUAAGAGCAUAUAUUUUGGAGUCUAUUAGGGUAUUUUUAAGAUUAAAAAAACAAACCACUACCAGCAGUAUCCAUAAACUAAGAACAUUCUAACCCAUGAGGUUCUCAUUAUUAGCUUUGUUACCUUCCGAUCGAACCUACACGAUAGAGAAGUGAUUAGAAAUGGAACUUUUCUAGGUGUUCUAGUUUUACAAGUUGUUAGAUACAUAAAAAUCUACUUUUUAUAUCCGAUACAUAAAAGAACCUUUUACCCUGCACGUGGACCGGCUUUAGUGGCACUAAAGACUAUCUAAGGACCGUUUCCCCAGGUAGGUUCCCCAGUUCAGGCGCCCAGCCAGGGAGAUGGUUCACAUGUUUGCAUCGGGACCCACAGUGGUGCCAGGGCUUCAGCCUCAGCCCGGCCUCCCUGCCCGCUGGUUCACAGUGCAUACAAUGUCCUAUUCGGUUGCCUAACUUCCACUCAAGUCAAACACCAUUACUCAAAAGGAAAAAGUGUCUGAUGUUACGAUUUUACCUUUUUCUAAGAAAUUCAAGCUACUUGCCCACCUAAUUACAUUUCUCAGGAAUGAGCCAAGUUGUCCCUGAAAAAUUGUGCUUAAAUAACCUUUAGGAUCCAGUUUUCCCACCCACAUCCACACUCAUGCUGUGCUAAGGAAGAAAAAGCAGGGGCACAAAACUUCGCCCCUCCAGGAAUCCUUGGCAAGUACAGAAGCUUUUAGUGGCAGCAAAGGUCCACUGCCCAUGAGCACAGUGGGCACUUAGCAGUGUCCUGAAAAGCCGUACUGAGAUAGGAGAAAGUGUAUUCACUUACUUCGGCGCAGCUGUUCUUUCAGAAAGAAUCUUGCAUCGUUCUUUACACAAAGCCCGUGAAUCUCAUGCUGUCUUGACCCCUGGCUAUUCCAGCAGCGGGGACUUUGUUCCUCCUUGCUUGGAACUGCCUUAGAAGCCAGUGUAGCUGAAACAGGGGCAGUUCUCGCCCCUUCUCCACCAAGGGCCUAGAAUUGAGAACUCUUCUGCCCGACUCAUUCAGGUGUAUGAAGCAAACCCAGAGCUAAACCUGCCCGGUGCCCCUCAGCCCGUCUGCCAGGGCCCACACCACACCCAGAAUCUCCUUCCUGUGAGGGCCACUUUGCCUCCUCCAAACCAGGCCCUCACCACAGCCCUUCCAGAGGGCUCUUGGAUCAGCAUCAGCCCCCUGUCACAACAAGUGCUAAACAACUGAGGAGCAGGAGCGGGACUUGGCUCAGGAGUCCCAGCGUGAGGCUGUGCUCUCAGAUCUGGACCUCCCAGCUCAGAAGGUCCAGGCUUAGUCACACCUGGGAAGAAACCUGUUCCCCCGGGCAGAUGCAUCACGCACACUGGAGGUUCCUGGCCCCUCUCAUCCCAUGCUAGCUUAUUUCUGUCCAUUUCCAUCUCAACCUAACAAGGAACUGUCCCUCAGUCAUCACUUUGUUGCUUCAAACUCACCAUUUUGUCACUUACAUUUGCCAUCUUCACCAUCUGAUAACUAGUGAUGGUUCUGGUUGCUCCCCAAUGGGGCCAAGACUUUUUCUCAUAUGAAAAGUCUCUGGGGAACCCAGAUUCUUUUCCGCUAAGGCUUUGCUGAGCACACUGCAGUUCUGUUUUGCCCAGUAGUGCCAUGGCGGGUUCAACCAUCCAGUGUCCUGAAAAGUGGAAGUACCCAGCCGCACCGGAGCUUGGAGGACCGCGGCAGCUCAGUCCCCUGAGUUCCUCGAGGCGGCUGUUGGCCGUCACCAUCCUGUUAGACAGAAAGAAGGGCUGUAAGCCCCAAGCCCCAGUUAGUUCACCUUGUCAUUUGGAGAUGUCCUACUCUGAUCAUAUGCUAUCAGGUUUUAUUUCCAGGAAAUUUAGUUGCUUUUUUUCUGCAUGAAGGAGAAACAUCAUGGUGCCACAUGCUUUAAAGCAAUUGAAAUGAGAGAUAUAAGGGGAAAAUGCAAACACCAUAUCCGACCUGCCUAAUGUAGACUUUAUUAGAUCAAUGUACCUAACCUAAUAUGAUGUAUUAUUUUGUAGCAUCUCAAACUUUGUAAAUAAAUACCAUUAUUUUUAUAUGGAAAUUUUAUAGAAGAGCUAUUUCUGUAUACUUAAUUAUUCCUGGAUUUUCUGAAUUGCUUCCAAUAGGUAAUGGACAAGCCCUAAUCUGUGUUUCUGGUAAGGAUGGUUCAAGGACCACCCACGGCAUAAAUGACGGGGGGGAGGGAGAGUUUCUAAAUUUUCCAUCCCUAGGACCCACCACAGCGGCUCACUCUAAAGCUCUGAGGGUUGGGCCUGGGAAGCUGUAUUUUUAAUAAACUGAGUGAUGGUUUUUGCCCAUUAGUGUUGUACCUUUGUCCAUCACGUAAGAUUAAAAGAAGGAAAGAAUAAGCAUUUGAAAUUGUACUUGAGGAAAAAAUGUUAUCAGACUGUUCUAUGAUUUGAAUGAGAUGUACUAUAUAGAAAAAAUAAAUAAUUAAAAAAAA